ACAUGUUAUUAAUUGAUGCAGAUACAUAUAUGAUAUAAGUCAAAAUUCAUAUAUUUACAUAAACAAAUCUAUGACUAUAUAUCUACUACAUAUGGCCAUCUAUAAUUAAAUAAGAAAGAGAAGAUUUUAUAUUGAUAAAUUAAUAUUAUAAUCAAGAAGGGCCGGAGACAUUUUCCAGGUUAUUAAACAACAUGAAUUGUAAUAGAUUUCUGUAUAUAUCCUCAUGUUACCAACUAUACAAUACAUCAUAGACAUUUGAUUUCUCUACGAUUAAACAAUAUAUAUAUAUUAUAUAUAUUCAACCACAAAGUGAUGUCUUUUUUUGUUUUGUUUGUUUGUUUUUUUUAUUAAAAAAAAAGGUUAAUGAGGAAGAAAUUAGCUGAAAUAAUGUGUAUAUAACUAUAAUUAGAUUGUUUAAAAAAUAUAUAUAAAGAGAUUUUUCUUUUAUGAGAGUGUAAAGGCACACGCAUACAUAUCUUAAUUAUGGGAAAUUAUGACAUUCCUACUCUUCUAAUGCUAUUAUUCGCAACUUCAUCCUAUUUGGUGGGCACUAGUUGUACUUCUGUCCAAGGCCAAGCUGGUCUAACCAGGCUUAGCUUUCCCAAAGGCUUUCAAUUCGGAACAGCUUCAAGUGCUUACCAGUAUGAAGGAGGAACAUAUGGGCAUGGUAGAGGAUCAAGUAUAUGGGACACCUUCACACGAACACACCCAGAAAAGAUUGCAGAUCACAGCAAUGGAGAUAUUGCUGAAGAUUUUUAUAAUCGCUUUAAGGAGGAUAUAGCAUUGAUGAAAUACAUUGGUUAUGAUUCCUUUAGAUUUUCCAUCUCUUGGUCUAGACUACUACCGGGAGGAAAAAUAAGUGGAGGAGUGAAUGAGGAGGGUGUAAAGUUCUAUAACAGUCUCAUAGAUGAGCUGUUAUCUAAUGGUAUACAACCUUUAGUAACUUUGUUCCAUUGGGAUUUACCACAAGCUCUUGAAGAUGAGUAUGGUGGAUUCUUAAGUCCUAAUAUUGUGAAUGAUUAUAGAGAUUAUGUGGAGUUUUGCUUUAAAGAAUUUGGGGAUAGGGUGAAGAAGUGGAUAACAUUUAAUGAGGCAAACAUAUUUGCAAUAGGUGGGUAUAACUAUGGUGUGUUUGCACCAGGUCGAUGCUCUAGCUCCAUGGGAAAUUGCAGUGCAGGAAAUUCAGCUACUGAACCAUAUAUUGUGGUUCACCACACCAUUCUUGCUCAUGCCAUUGCUGUUAAUCUCUAUAAACACAAAUAUCAGGUGUCUCAAAAUGGAGUAAUUGGAAUAACAGUCAUGAGUCAUUGGAUGAUACCAAAAUAUGAAACAACAGACAGUCGCUUGGCUACCUUGAGAGCUCUUGAUUUUUCAAUUGGAUGGAUUUUGGAUCCAAUCAUGAUGGGAGACUACCCAGAAAGCAUGCGAUCGUUAGUAGGAAGUCGAUUGCCCAAAUUUAGUAAAGAGGAAUCUACCAUUGUAAAAGGGUCUAUAGACUUUGUUGGUUUAAAUUAUUAUACAACAAAGUACGUAGAAGAUGCUUCUACUACCAACUCAACAAUUCCCAAUCUUAGUUAUUCGACUGAUAGCCUUGCUAUAACCUCUAAUGAAAAAGAUGGGAUUCCCAUCGGCCAAUCGACUGCCAUGCCUUGGCUAUAUAUUUAUCCAAAGGGUAUUGAAGAAUUGACACUACACGUAACAAGGAAGUACAACAAUCUACCUAUUUACAUCACUGAGAAUGGAGUUGUCGACAACAAUACAACCGCAAUAUUAAAAGAUGCCUUGAAUGAUAGUCUCAGGACUAACUACCAUCAUCACCAUCUAUUACAUCUUUUAAAUGCCAUCAAGGGUGAAGCAGAUGUAAGAGGUUACUAUGCAUGGUCAUUUCUUGAUAACUUCGAAUGGGCAUCAGGCUACACUAUUCGAUUUGGGAUUGUGUAUAUUGAUUACAAAAACAAGUUGCAGAGACACUUGAAAGACUCUGCCUUCUGGUUCAAGAACUUCCUUCAAAACCAUCGUCUCAUUCAACAAAAUCCGCCAUUGCUUUCCUCUCACUAAUUUCAUUUUACAAUAUUUAAAUUGUAAAUGUACGUCAAUCCAAGUAAAGUUAUGGGUCAAGAACUAUUGCUCUGUGUUUAUACCUUUUUUAGUCUUUGAAAACCAAGUCAAUUAGCUUCUUAUUAUGAGUUUAGCUAUUGAUUGCCUUGCCUCCAGUUGAUCCCCUUCCGAAUUUCAGUUGCUCAACAUGAAAAGUUGCCUUUGAUUGUUUUUCAUAUCAUGUACAAACCCAAUCAAAAUGUUGAUGCAGAAUAAAAGUUAGAACAAUAUUAUUAAUAAGAUAUAAUUUCUGAAUUUGAAUAUUAAAAUAUUUGAAUGGUUUGUUUUAAGUAUUCGUUGUACGUGAAACUUACCCUUGAAUCUUGAUAAUUUUAUGAAAAUAGAGUUAUUUAACUUUUUUUUUU